AUGCUCUCGGCCGAAGAGGAUGUCCCUCUAGAUCUCUCUGUACCGAGUCGUCGAAACACUGUGUGUAGCGACAACGAAUCGCAAAAGACCAUAUCCGAUUUGCAGUCUCCAUUGUCGAUUUACGGAAAUCCAAGUAGUGAAUGGAUACCCCUUAAACCAGAAGCAUCAAUAAGCAACAACAGAAUAUCUUACCCAAGAGAGUUCAAGCUCAUGGUUAUCGAUCACUACAAGGAGAAUGGACAAAACAAGUACCGCACUUGUAAAAAAUUUCAAAUCACCAAGUCCAUGCUAAACGGAUGGUUAUCAAAGAUUGAUAUGAUCCGAGAGUCACGACCUGGAUCGCUGAAAACCGGAAGACGUCCUCAAUUCCCAGAAAUGGAACAACAACUGUUUUCCUUAUACUCUGAGCGACUGAACAUUGAUGGAAGAGUUGGCAAUCAAUGGUUAAGAGAAAGAACCAAGGAGCUUGCUGGAGGUACAAGUGAAGUUUGUCAACUUUCUGAACGAUGGUUGUAUAACUUUAAACGGAAGUUUCGUAUUAAUCUUCGGCACGAAAAAAAUUCAUCCGCAGAAUCCUGUUUCAAACAUUCCACAUCGAUCGAAAACCAUAGCUAUUCACAUAUCGAAACCAACACUCUUACAGAUCUUAGCAAAUCAGAGGAAGAAAUUCGCAAACUUGUCGACGGAAUUGUGAAUCAAUCAGACCAACUUCCUAUACAUGCAUUUUACGAAAAGUUCCCAAGCCUGUACAGGAGGAGACAAGUGGGACAAGGAAGACGAGGACGGAAAGUGCAAUUUCAUGGCGUUGAGCGGACGAUCCAUCAAUGUCUGAUUAAGAAACCAAACAGAGGAGAACCAACAGCGAAUCGCUGGCUCCAAGCUCAAGCACGAAAUAUGGCCACUCAGUUUUGCCCAGAAAAACCAGAUCAAACCCUAAAACCGCACCGUUGUUCUUUUCCGAGCUCCGGCAAUUUAAUUUGA